GAGGCUGUGGUGGACCAAGGCAGGACCAGCAAUGUGGUCAACAUCCACUAUGAGAAGGAGGAGCUGGAAGGCCACCGGACGCUGUAUGUGGGCGUUCGGAUGCCUCUGGUUCGCCAGAGCCAUCGGCACCACCGACCUCACAGCCAGAAGCAUCGGAAACGGGAGCGGGAGAAGGAUUCCAUCCCCACAGAGCAAGGAUUCCACUACACUCCAUCCCAGAGGGUCCAGUUCAUCCUGGGGACGGAGGAGGAUGAGCAACAUGUCCCUCAUGACUUGUUCACGGAGCUGGAUGAGAUCUGUGUCAAAGAGGGAGAAGAUGCUGAGUGGAAGGAGACAGCCAGGUGGCUGAAGUUCGAGGAGGACGUGGAGGAUGGUGGGGAGAGAUGGAGCAAACCCUACGUGGCCACGUUGUCCUUGCACAGCCUCUUCGAGCUCCGGAGCUGCAUCACCAAUGGGAAUGUGCUGCUGGAUGUCAGCGCCAGCAGCAUCGAGGACCUCGCAGACCUGAUCCUGGGCCAGCAGGAGCUGUGCCCAGAGUUCGAGGAGCGCACGAGGGCCAAGGUGAGGGAGGUGCUGCUCAAGAAGCAUCACCACCAGAACGAGAAGAAGAGGAACAACCUCCUGCCCAUCGUGCGUUCCUUUGCCGAUGGCAGCAAGAAGCAGUUGGACCUGCACCUCCUCGACAAGCCAGCCCAAACCCUCACCCCUCACCCUUCUCCCACCGCUGCCGAAGCCAAGAACGGGGUGAACCCCGAGCCCAGCGCCAUGGACCUGAGCAAGGCUGAGCUGCACUUCAUGAAGAAGAUUCCCAGUGGAGCUGAAGCCUCCAAUGUGUUGGUAGGAGAGUUGGAGUUCCUUCAGCAGCCCCUGGUGACCUUUGUGCGCCUGACUCCGGCCGUGCUGCUUCCAGGAAUGACCGAGGUUCCCAUCCCAACCAGGUUCCUCUUUGUUUUGCUUGGACCAGGAGGAAAAGCUCAUCAGUACCACGAGAUUGGCAGGUCCAUGGCUACUAUCAUGACUGAUGAGGUUUUCCACGAUGUUGCCUACAAAGCCAAGAACAGGACUGACCUCGUGGCUGGAAUCGACGAGUUCCUGGAUCAGGUCACGGUUUUGCCCCCAGGAGAGUGGGAUCCUUCCAUCAGGAUUGAGCCCCCCAAGAACGUCCCAUCACAGGAGAAGAGGAAGAUGCCAGGAGCUCUGGAUGACAGUUCCUCACACAGCAAGCCGGAGAAGCACAGUGGUCCAGAGCUGGAGCGCACGGGCAGGCUCUUCGGGGGGUUGGUCCUGGACGUGAAGAGGAAAGUUCCUUGGUUCUGGAGCGACUUCCGGGAUGGGCUGAGCCUGCAGUGUUUGGCCUCCUUCCUCUUCCUCUACUGUGCCUGCAUGUCCCCGGUCAUCACCUUCGGGGGGCUGCUGGGGGAGGCAACCCACGGCCACAUCAGUGCCAUGGAGUCGCUGCUGGGAGCAUCCAUGACCGGAGUGGUGUAUUCCCUCUUUGCUGGACAACCUCUCACCAUCCUUGGCAGCACUGGACCUGUCCUCGUCUUCGAGAAGAUCCUCUACAAGUUCUGCAAGGAAUACACCCUCUCCUAUCUCUCCCUGAGGACCUGCAUUGGGCUGUGGACAGCCUUCUUUUGCGUGGUGCUGGUGGCCACCGACGCCAGCAGCUUGGUGUGCUACAUCACUCGCUUCACCGAGGAAGCCUUCGCCUCCCUCAUCUGCAUCAUCUUCAUCUACGAAGCUCUGGAGAAGCUGAGCCACCUGAGAGAGACCUACCCCAUCCACAUGCACAGCAAACUUGACCUCCUCACCAUAUACUAUUGUAAGUGUGAGGCACCAACUCAUCCCAGCAACGAGACCUUGAGGUUCUGGCAGAGCAACAGGAUCGACGUGGCUGGAAUCCCCUGGGGGAACCUCACGGUGACUGAAUGUCGCUCCUUGCAUGGAGAGUUCCAAGGACCUGCCUGUGGACACAAUGGUCCCUACACACCCAAUGUCCUCUUCUGGUGCUGCAUCCUCUUCUUCUCCACCUUUAUCCUGUCCAGCUUGUUGAAGAAGUUCAAAACCAGCCGGUACUUCCCAACCAGAGUUCGAGCCACAGUGAGUGACUUUGCUGUUUUCCUCACCAUCGUCAUCAUGGUGCUCAUCGACCUGAUGAUUGGGAUUCCUUCUCCCAAGCUCCAUGUCCCUCAUGUCUUCAAGCCCACCAGAGAUGACCGUGGGUGGCUGAUCAACCCCAUAGGCCCCAACCCUUGGUGGACAGUGUUGGCUGCUCUCAUCCCAGCCCUGCUCUGCACCAUCCUGAUCUUCAUGGACCAGCAGAUCACAGCUGUGAUUGUCAACAGGAAGGAGCACCGACUCAAGAAGGGCUGUGGGUACCACCUGGACCUGUUCAUGGUGGCCCUGAUGUUGGGUGUGUGUUCCGUGAUGGGCCUGCCGUGGUUCGUGGCCGCCACGGUGUUGUCCAUCACCCACGUCAACAGCCUCAAGGUGGAGUCUGACUGCUCAGCCCCAGGAGAGCAGCCCAAGUUCUUGGGCAUCCGGGAGCAGAGGGUCACUGGCCUCAUGAUCUUCGUGCUCAUGGGCUGCUCUGUCUUCUUCACCUCUGUGCUCAAGUUCAUCCCCAUGCCAGUGCUCUACGGCGUCUUCCUCUACAUGGGAGUGUCCUCGCUCCGAGGGAUCCAGUUCUUUGACCGCCUGAAGCUGUUCUGGAUGCCAACCAAGCACCAACCUGACUUCAUCUACCUGCGCCAUGUGCCCCUGCGCAAGGUGCACUUCUUCACCCUCAUCCAGCUCCUCUGCCUCGUCCUGCUCUGGGCCAUCAAGGCCUCCCGUGCUGCCAUCAUCUUCCCCAUGAUGGUUUUGGCUCUCGUUUUUGUCCGGAGGGUGAUGGAUUUUUGUUUCUCUAAGAGAGAAUUGAGUUUCCUGGAUGAUCUCAUGCCAGAGAGCAAGAAGAAGAAGUUGGAUGAUGCCAAAAAUGAAGCCAAAGAAGGAGAGGAAUCCCAGAAAAUGAUGGAAGCUGCAGCUGCCAACUCCGUCCAGCUCAAACUGGGGAAGAGCAGCAAGGUGGAUGUCCCAAAGCAAAGCAGUGACAGGGCUGAUCCCUCCGAGAUCAACAUUUCGGAUGAGAUGUCCAAAACUACCGUGUGGAAAACUCUCACCAUGAACACAGAAACACUCUGA